GUUUGAAUUGAAAGGAAGGCCACAUAUGGCUUUUAAAAGAUACCACUUACUGUAACAAAAAUUUACUUAGUUUCCGGAUCGACUUAAAAAAUGGGAUUCCUUAUUCCAUCGAGCCUGAAAUAUGUUCGCUGUUUAUCAAAUCAAUUAGUGAAGUGGAGAGUGUUAUUCCUUUUAAGUUUAAUAACUUUGACAUUCCUCACAGUGAUUUAUCUACCAAUACUGUCUCUACCGCCACAUCGUCCAAAAUCUAAAUUUGUUUUUAUGAAUAAACACCUGUGCGUCUCAUCUGCAGCAGACAAUGAGAAUCAAAGAACUGCAGUUAUUGUGGUGCUGUCGUCUAGAAAAAAUUUUUAUCGUAGAAAUCUAGUCCGCCAGACCUAUGGUACUGUUAAAAAUGCGAACAAUGUACGAAUUCUAACCAUCAUUUUUGUAUUGGCUAAUUCGAACGGACAGGAAGAUGAUGAGGCCAAUAACAAUAAGCUAAAAGAGGAAGCGGAUCGUUAUGGCGAUGUUAUCAUGGGCGAUUUUGUAGAUGCGUACAGAAAUCUGACACUAAAAACAAUUAUGGCUUACGAUUGGAUCACUUCUUAUUGCAGACAGGCUCAAAUUGUUGUGAAAACCGAUGAUGAUGUCCUCGUAAAUAUUUUUGAACUAACCAGGCAGUUGGAUUCAUUUUCACCAGCUGAUAUGGUAUCAUCAAACAUUUGGUGUAAAUUACAUCAAAACGAAAAUACAGUCAACGAUACAGAAAGCAGAUUUUAUGCUUCACCUGUAGAUUUUCCGAGCGGGAAGUUUCCGGAUCAUUGCGCUGGGGUUGGAUACAUAACGCCAUUCCAUGUGAUUGAACGGAUUGUGGAUGAUAUUUCAAGAUCAUUCGUGGGAAGGGUUUGUACUCAUGAAGACGUUUUCAUGACAGCAAUCGUUCCGACCCACAUAAAUUCCAAUGCGACUUUUUUUUCUCGCUGGUCUGAGCCCAUCAAACUCGUGGAUGUAAAGGGUGACCAUUGGUUUAACUAUGCUUUUGAAAAUGGUCGCGACGAUCAAGACAACUUUCUUAGGAAUUUUGUCAAAAAUACGACAAUGGAUGCGGAUGUUGAAAAUUUUCAUUCGCUUCGGAGAAGGAGUCGCAAUACAAAGUUUUUUCUAUUUACUCACAGUGGAGAGUUUGAAGUACUGUAUCGAAGAUUAUGGCAAAUUAUAAAGAAAACAUUUUCGAAUUGA